AUGGCGACGGACGCGCGUUCGCGAUCUCCGCAAGAUGGCGUCCGAAGGAGACGCGACUUCAACAGGUCGCCGUACGUGACGCUGGGCGCGGUGCGCUACACGGUUCGGCGUGCCCCUCCGCCUCGCGCCUGCCCUUGCCGCUGCUGCUCAGAAGAGGCGGUGGCGGCGUGCCUCGGCCGCUCCAAGCCGGACCGCCGCACACUGGAGCGUCUCCAGCGUCGCUUGGGCCGCGGAUCGCGUGAUGAGCGGCCCUCGCGCCAACAACGCCUGAAGGAUUUCACCGAGCGGCUGAUGCCCCGGGCCAACUCAGCGCAAGUUCAGCCCCCGCCUCCGCCACCGCCGCCGCCGCCACCGCCUCCACACACCGCCCCAAUCCUGCCACCUGUUCCUCCACCGCGUUCGCGUCAUAGACAUAGUCCUCCCCGCGGGGUUUCCGUGGACCGUUGUGAUGAUUUUGAUGCAGACAAAAUUACACUUAUACGCGUAGAGCCAAGGUCCAUAGUCGGUUCAUACGCUCAGAAGACUAUACCUUACCGCAGUGCUUCGUUCUCCCAAGGAGACUUUGUGCAAGACAAGUAUUAUCGCGGUAAACAGCCGUCGAUAUUCGAUUUUGGGAAACGUGUUCCUAAGACUGUUGUCGAUAGUGCGUCGCUUCGUAAUAAUUCCGCGAGUGUAACUGAGGAAAAUGAGACUGAGGGAGGAUCGGUUGCGUCGGUCGAUUCCGCUGUAGGUUCGGACGAAGGCCUACUUGCGCAUGCGUUGCCCGUUGCGCGAUCUCCGCCUCCCGACGCUUUGCAUAAACAAUUGGGUGCUCGAUCGUUGACGCACCCGUUGCCGCGACGUGUGCCUCCAGUGCGCGAGGAGGAUUCGACUGACGCUGGUGGCAGUUUACCUGCGUUAAUGCCCCCGCGUGUUUUGCACGAACUUCGCGAAGAAAGUGACGGUUCACAAGCGGAUAGUGCGCAGGCGCACAGCGAAGGGACCUCGCCCUUAGAACCCUCUCAACCUUUCGCAUUCCCGCCUCUUCCCGCUCCUCCUCCGAAUGCGUGUGCGAAUGUCGACUGUGAGUGUUCUAAUAUACAACAAAGCCGUAAAGAGUCAGCGGGUGACUUAGAUAGUUCGAUUCCUAUUCCCAUACCCGUGUAUGAGUGUAUAGUGAAACAGUGGUCUAAGGACGUUCCUACAGAUGAACAGCAGCGUUCUGACGCCGCGUCAGAUGGAUCUUUAGAUAGGGACAAGGAAGAUGAAACGAUAACGAGUGAACAAGUUGCGCAUUUGCUAGCGGCCGUACAGAAUCCUUGCACACCUGCCCCAAUUGGUGCUCGAGAGAGGCGGAGACCUUUAGACAAAACGAAGAGGAGAAAAGGCAUUUACAUAACGACAGCUAGCGAUGAUGGUGGUGAUGACCCGCCUCCGCCUGUGAAUGGAUGCAAUAGAGAGAGCAGUGACGCCUCUUUGCAAGAUAUGCGAUUGUCCGCCGAAACGAGAACUUCGUCUCUACUUGGUGAUAAAUCUGACGAUUCUUGUACCAACGGGCCUCCUAGCCCCAGCGAUUGCACGAUGCCGAUGUGGCCAAAAACAGAAGAUACGCUGAGGGCUAGACGUGCUAGAUUUUCGCAACAAAGUUCAGAUGAGAGGGAGGAGGAAGUUUAUAAGGCGCGACGGAAAUACGGCGUCACCUCGCGUGGUGAUUCGCCCUCAGAGGCGGAGAGUGAUACAUGCUCUCGUGAUAGAACAGCAUCUCCCUCUCCUUACAGUCCGUCUGAUACGUCUGACGUAGAAGCAAAACGACAGCAAUUAACACGACCUUUUGGUAGGAAUUUGGCACCGACAUGUAGAUCCGUGGAAGUAGGAAGAAGGAGCUUUUCUGAUGCCACUGUGCCUUGUAGAAAAACUAGCGCUGGUGCUGCCCCAAUAUCGGAACCAAGACCGAGAGGGCACACACAUGUCAGAGCUACAUCGUCACCAUCGAAAUUGGCGGGAGUCAAACCGGGAACAGACUUGUUGGCGGAGCUUUUGCGAGGAAGCUCGGAAGCACUAUCAAACUCUUCAACCUUCGACAACGUGAUUUUGACUCUACAUCAACACAACGACACCCGAACACACGUCGUUGUAGAGCUGUAUGAAACAGAGAAAUCCUAUGUUGAGGCAUUGGAAAUAUUGGUCAAGAAAUACCUCCACCCUCUGAAAAGCCCGGAAAAUGCUGGUCUUCUAGACGCUUUCGUGGUAGACGAGAUCUUCUACCAGGUCCCAGCGAUCCUAAAUGUGCACCAAGAAUUCUUGGAGAAGCUAAGGAGGAGGCUCGAACAAUGGGACUUACAGCAGAAAGUGGGAGACGUGUUUUUAGAUGUAUUUACCAAAGCCACCGUCAUGGACACUUACAUGUCCUUCAUAAGCAAUUUGAAGAAGGCUAAAGAGACGAUAAAAACAGCUGCAUCGUCGCGGCCUGCUUUCGCCAAGUUUCUAGAUGCCAUGGCCAGGGAUCAUAAGGGGAAGUUGUCCUUGGACAAUCUUCUUAUUAAACCAGUCCAGAAGUUUCCCAGCUAUAAACUCUUGAUACAGCGGCUGAUCAAACAUACAGACCAGUCUCAUCCCGACCACAAGCUGCUUCUAGAGGCUCAAAAGGAAAUCCACAAUCUUCUAGAACUCAUCAACUGCACCGAACGCGAAAGCUUAGAACUAGAGAUGCAACAACAGACGCUGCGUGAAUUGGAAUCUAUGAUAGAGGGCUUAUCUAAUUUGGUGACGUCAGACCGAACGUUUAUAAGACACGAAACUGUCACGAUACCAUCAGCUCAGGGCACCAUAAAGGAUAGAGCAUUGUUCCUCUUCAACGAUACGCUGUUGAUCACGAGUGUGAAGAGACGAACUGGGACGAUAAAGAAACCUAUACCAACAUACCAAAGCAGUAUAGCGAGUCAGAUGGAGGGCAACAAGUACAAGCUUUUGAUGCGAAUAAACUUGGCUGAUCUCGAAAUUGUUAAAUCCAAAGAUGAAAACCUUCGACGUAUAAUGCACGAGGUCGAGACCCUGACAGAGGACGCCAACACACUGGCGCAAAUAUCAGAGCACGUGGCUGCUCUACACACACAUCACACGCAGUUGGAGGAGCUCGUGAGGGAAAUGCUGGGCAACGUGGUCCGACAGCUGUCGGAGAAGCAGAACAGUGAUUUGCAGCUUUGUUACAUGGAGAUCAGUGUGAACACAUCAAGCGGUACAGAAAAUCUCACCAUAAUCUUCCCGAAGACCGAGAAAAGGAGCAAUUGGGAGGAGCUUAUUAACGAGACUAAACAGAAAUUAAGUGUAUACGGUCACGAGAGGCCAGCUCCUGAGUUUCUGUCGCCCGUCCCCAUACGGAAGACCAGAGCGGGGCUGCAAUUCACCUGUGCUGCACCCACGUUGCCUCCUAAGGGACAAUCGCCUGAUGUUUGGGUAUGCAACAGCGACGGUUACGUUGGUCAAGUGUGCGUGCUUACGUUGAGCCCCAAACCCCAAGUGACGUCAUGCAAUGGGGUAUGCAAUGCGCGGAUUCUAUGCGUCGCCUGUGUACCUCCAGCGCCUCACACUCACAUUGAUCUGCCACCCAGUGCGCUAAGUACGGGAGCGAACAAACCAGGCAUCAGUAUAUCGGAUCCAGAUGACAGCUGCAAGAAUAUAAGACUUGAUAGUUCGUCAUCAAGUGACGAAGAAGACGACGGUUCAUCCACCAGCGAGAACCAAGACGCACAAUCGGAGCGCAGUCAUGAAUCAGGCAGUCUGCGUUACGCCACCCGCACACUCACCCCGAAUCACAGCAAGAGCUUAAGCACGCCGCACACUGGUCAGAAUAUCCAAGUGCAUCCUGUUAUGAAGAGUAACUCCAACCCAGCAGUUGAUAAGCAGGCUAUGGGAAUCACUUCCGGUACCCUUUCAUCGCCAGCCAGUCGACAGUCCUCAGAGGACAGCGGCACAACUGCGAACCAACCGACCAUGUGGCUCGGCACAGAGGACGGCUGCAUACACGUGUAUAACUGCCUAGACAAUAUCAGGAUUAAGAAGAACAAAGUCAAAAUGCAGCAUAAUUCCGGAAUCCAUUCCAUUGUAUAUGUGGAGGGCAAAGUGUUUGUAGCACUCGGCAACGGUGAUCUAGUAGUGUAUUGUAGAGAUAUUGAAGGCUCAUGGGCGGAACGGUCUACGAUAUCCGUGGGUACAGGCAGUACCCCUGUCAGCUCCAUGCUCCUAUCAGAAGGGCGGCUGUGGUGUGCCACUCACUCUUCCAUCAGGAUCAUUAAUCCACACACUCUUCAGAUCGACGAAACAUUCCAAAUAAGUUCAGAAACGAAGCCAAUCAGCCACAUGGCGGUGGCGAAUGGCGCCAUCUGGCUUUCUCUGCACAACGCAGCCCAACUGCGUUGCUACAACGCGAGCACGCGCGAACAACUUUGCGAGAUCAAUAUAACGCCGCAUGUUACUAAAAUGCUGCACGGUUGCGACGACAUAAUCCGGCAGCACAAAGCCGCGUGUCUCCGAGUAACAGCACUGCUAGCGCACCGAGAUACUCUGUGGAUUGGCACCAGCGCAGGAGUUCUGCUGACUGCACCUUUGCAGAAUGUUCCUACCACCAGGAGUGGACUUUCACAGCCUCACCUGACUGGUAUCCCAUAUGGGCACACGGGGCACGUACGGUUCCUGACAAUCGUAGAGAACCCUGUGCCGCAUAAGCCGUCAACGAAGCCGGCACAGACGUUGAAAACAAAAGGCCUCAGCCGUCGCUCCACCAACGCGGAGAAACUCCAAAAACAAACGGACACGACCAAAAACAACAUGGAAACACUAAUAAUAUCCGGAGGAGACGGAUACGAAGACUUCAGGAGUUCCACCAUGACGGAAGACGCCGGCAGAGAGGAUUCCACCAACCACCUACUUCUUUGGAGAGUCUGA